GGUACCACCAACACCGAAAAAGGAACUGUGUGAAGUGAAGAGAGAAGCAGCUGUUUCAAGAGUACAUUACUUUACUUGCAAACAUCGCAAGUUUUUGUUGCUGAUAAUUUCGUUUCUUUUCCUCCUUUUGAUGAAUUCAACCUUCUGUUUCUAGUUGUCGAAAUCAGUUUUGGAGGUGAAAAAUCUACAUAUUAUUUUUCCCACUUGGUUGUUUUGAGAUGGAAGUAGAAAGCCAAAAAAGAGAGGUAAAAUAUGCUGCUGAUAUUUGCUCAAUCAAGGAAGCACAAGCUCGUAUCAGCUCAUUCAUACACAAAACUCCUGUUUUGUCCUCUGAAUCUUUAGAUGCUCUUUCAGGAAGGCGGCUUUUCUUCAAAUGUGAACUUUAUCAAAAGGGUGGAGCUUUUAAGUUCAGAGGUGCCUGCAAUGCUGUGUUUUCACUCAAUGAUGAUCAGGCUGCUAAAGGGGUUAUUACCCACAGCAGUGGUAAUCAUGCUGCAGCAUUGGCUUUGGCCGCAAAACUGCGAGGAAUUCCUGCAUAUAUUAUUAUACCGAAAAAUGCGCCAGAAUGUAAAGUGGAGAAUGUAGCGCGGUACGGUGGUCAGAUUAUCAGGUGUGAGCCCAAUAUGCAGUCUAGGGAGAGUACAGCAGCCAAGGUGUUGGAAGAAACUGGAGCAGUUCUUCUACAUCCUUACAAUGAUGGGCGUAUCAUAAGUGGACAGGGAACCAUAUCAUUGGAGCUUCUGGAGCAAGCUCCACAAAUUGACACUAUCAUAGCUCCCAUAAGUGGAGGUGGUUUAAUAUCAGGAGUGGCUUUGGCUGCCAAGUUUAUCAACCCAGCCAUCCGAAUAUUAGCUGCUGAACCCAAAGGAGCUAAUGACGCCGCUCAGUCCAAAGCCGCUGGUAAGAUAAUAACACUACCGGAGACCAACACUGUCGCUGAUGGGCUUCGAGCUUUCCUUGGAGACCUUACUUGGCCCAUUGUGCGAGAUCUUGUUGAUGAUGUCAUAACUGUGGAAGAUAAUGAGAUAAUAGAAGCCAUGAAACUGUGUUAUCAGAUUCUGAAAGUUGCCGUUGAACCUAGUGGAGCAAUUGGUCUAGCUGCUGUUUUAUCCAGUAGUUUCAAGGAAAACCCAGCAUUGAAGGAUUGUAGCCGCAUAGGAAUUAUACUUUCCGGAGGUAACGUUGAUUUAGGCCCCCUAUGGGAAUCAUUCAAAAGAUGAUGAUUAAUCUAUUUGCUUCUUCACGAAUUAUCACUUCUUUUGGCAUUGGUAUUUGAAUUCCUCUUUUUUUUUUUUAAACUAGUGGCCCUACCCAACUUCAGUGUACACUGUUACUUGGAAAUUUAGUAAUAAAGCUGUGGAAUAUCACAA